AUGGCUCAGACCGAUUACAAGUUUGAGGGGUGGCUCGGCCACGAUCCCUCAUCCGCAGAGGGCAACAUGAAAUGGGGCGAGUACGAGCCCAAGCCCUGGGAAGAGACCGACGUCGACAUCAAGGUUACACACUGCGGCAUCUGCGGCAGCGAUCUCCACACCCUCAAGAGCGGUUGGGGCCCAACAAACUACCCCUGCUGCGUCGGCCACGAAAUCGUCGGCACCGUCGUCCGCGUCGGCUCCAAAGCCGAAGGCGACCUGAAAAUCGGCGACCGGGUCGGUGUCGGCGCCCAAAACGAUUCCUGCCAGGGCCGCAAGGGCGACUGCGAGGCCUGCGCUUCGGGGACCGAAAACUACUGCCAGGUGCACCACGUCGGGACGUACAACAGCACCCACCUCAACGGCGGCAAGUCCUACGGCGGAUAUGCCCUGUACCACCGCGCGCCGUCGCACUUUGUCGUCAAGAUCCCCGAGGGGCUAAGUUCCGCUGAGGCUGCGCCUAUGCUGUGCGGUGGUGUGACGACGUAUACCCCGCUGAAGCAUCACGGUGCUGGCCCCGGGAAGACGGUGGGUGUGGUUGGUCUUGGGGGGCUGGGGCAUUUUGGGGUUAUGUGGGCUAAGGCGUUGGGUUGUGAUAAGGUGGUUGUUAUUUCGCGGACGUCGGGGAAGAAAGGGGAUGCGAUGAAGUUGGGGGCCGAUGAGUUCAUUGCCACGGAGGAGGAUCCGGAUUGGGCCAAGAACCAUGCGUCGACGCUGGAUCUGAUUAUUUGCACCGUCUCGUCGUCGUCGAUGCCGCUCAUGGGGUACAUGUCGCUGCUCAAGUUUGAUGGCACGUUUGUGCAGCUGGGCGCGCCGGAUGAUGGGUUGCCGAGUAUUCAGCAGUUCCCGUUGAUUUUCAAGAGGUUGAAGAUUACCGGGUCGCUGAUCGGUUCGCCGAGUGAUAUCAGGGAGAUGCUGCAGUUGGCGGUGGAUAAGAAGGUGCACCCGUGGAUUGAGGAGAUUCCCAUGAAGGAGGCGAAUCGGGCGAUUGUGGACUUUACUGCUGGCAAGCCGAGGUAUCGGUAUGUGCUGUAUAAUGAUGAGAAGGGGGUUGAGCAGAUCAAGGCUGGGUUGUAG